GUGAAAAGAAAUGUCUCAAAGACAUUUGACGUGAUUCCUGGAUUAUUGGUUAAGUUUCUUUUAAAUGCAUUUAAUUUCCUCGUAACGCUAAUUCUCCCUUGAUUCUGGUGCUAAAUCUACCAGCAUAAUGUCCGGCUAUCACAGGAUCUCCACGUUAAAGAAUUGCCUUAAUUCGUUAAAAGGUGUAAAGCACAUUAACAAACUGAACGAUGUUCUGAGCAAGAAAAUCGACGCUGCUUGCAGCAAGAGGAAUUCAAGUGGAAAUCUGACAAAAUUUAAGGAACUGAAUCAGGUGCUUACCAAAGAGUUCAAUACUGCAGCAGAAAAGCUGAAAUCUAAUCCGCUACUUGCUGUUUCAAAAGAAGCAGCACAAAACUGCAAGGAUAAACUGGAGCAAACAUGCAAGCCUUUAUAUCUGCUGCCCGAUAUGAUUGAGGAGAAAAAGGAAGUGUAUAAGAAAAAGUACUUGAAGUCAAAGCACAUUAAAAAAGAAGCCCAGAAGCUUUGCCAAUUCUUAUCGAAACGCUCCGCGUAUCGUGCAGCUGCCCUCUGGACAGCCCCAGCCAUAUCUUUGAUGGAGGACAAGCCUGCAACCGUAGAUUCCAGUUUUGCUUCAGUGCUAAACAAACAGCUUCCUGAACCAGCAAUUCCUGAUAUUGUCGCCAAAAAAAACUUAAUCAUCGAUAGUAGCUCGGACUACUUCGUGGUUAAAACAGGCAAGUAUGCUGUAGAAGAAGCUGAUUCGUCGAAACUAACAGCACAAGCUUCGCCAGAUGCAAUACCUGAACCGCCACUCAUACCCGAUCCUACAGCAGAAGCCCUGAGCAAUUUAAAUUCCCUUGGAGAAGCGACGUUUGAGUCCUUAGGGCUGGGAGGCUGGACCCCUGUGGGAAUAGUGCAACAAUGCAUGGAAUUUCUGCACGUUAGCUUUGGCAUUGAUUGGUGGCUUGCAAUUGUGAUAGGCACCUUUGUGAUUAGAAUUUGUAUGUUUCCUUUGGUAAUAUUGGCGCAAAGAAAUGCCGCGAAAAUGAACAACUGUAUGCCGCAAAUGCAGCUGUUGCAAAUGAAGAUGACUGAAGCGAGGCAAACAGGGGACGCGAUGAGUGCGGCGAGAUACAGCCAAGAACUGAUGCUGUUCUUGAAGGAACGCGGUGUAAAUCCUUUAAAAAACAUGCUGGUUCCACUUGCACAGGCGCCAAUUUUUAUUUCGUUUUUCAUGGGACUUCGCGAGAUGGCCAAUGUCCCAGUGGACAGUCUAACACAUGGUGGGAUGCUUUGGUUUACUGAUCUGACAUUGCCAGAUCAGUACUUUUUGAUGCCGUGUAUUACUAGUUUAACUCUUUGGUUAACUAUUGAGGUCGGUGCGGACACAGCAAAACUGGCUAGCCAAAAUGGUGUACUUAUAAAAUAUGGCUUGCGUGCCCUCCCACUGGUCAUUUUACCUUUUACCGUCAAUUUCCCUGGUGCGAUUUUAUGUUAUUGGGUAUCGACGAAUUUCAUUUCACUGCUCCAAGCUGCAUUUUUGCGAAUUCCCAAAGUGAGAGACCAUUUUAAAAUUGAGCGCCUCAUGAGUUUCACUCCUGACCAAUUACCAGUUAAGCCUAAGGGAUUCACAGAAGGAGUCAAAGACUCGUGGACCAACAUAAAAAUCACACGGGAACUAGAAGAACGACGCAAAUUAGAUGAGCUUCAAUUCCAAAGAGCUGGAAAAGGACCCGUCACGAAAACCUACAAAUAUGAUCCCACAAAACAGACGAGUCCCAUUAAUCCAUCAGCCAUAAGUGCUAAGAAGCGAUAGUAUUUUUGUUAAAUAUUUUCUGUUUUAGAGAAUAUACCAAUCAUUAAGCUAA